AUGAGCUACAACGGUAAUGGUGGUGGUGGGCGCAAUGGCUACAGUAACGGAUACAGUGCAAACACUUUCGGUGGCGGAGGUUGGAACGAUGACAAAAUGGGCAAUUUGGGUGGUGGCCUGAAGAACGUUGACUGGAGCCGUCAAAAAGUUCAGCAUUUUGAGAAGAAUUUCUACAUCGAAGACAAACGUGUGUCCGCAAGAAGCGACCGGGAGAUUGAAGAUUAUAGAAGAUCUAAAGAAAUCAAGGUGCAAGGUCGUGGUGUUCCUAGACCAGUGACCUCCUUUGAGGAAGCAGGGUUCCCCGAAUACUUGAUGGCUACCAUCCGGGCCCAAGGCUUCGCUGCUCCAACUCCGAUUCAGUGCCAAGCGUGGCCUAUGGCUUUGAGCGGUCGCGAUGUGGUGGCUAUCGCUCAGACAGGUAGUGGAAAGACAAUUUCUUUCGCUCUUCCUGCCAUGCUACAUAUCAAUGCCCAACCUUUGUUAGAACCAGGUGAUGGUCCCAUCGCUUUGGUACUGGCCCCGACUCGUGAAUUAGCGGUCCAAAUUCAACAGGAGUGCACCAAGUUUGGCUCCAACUCUCGUAUCCGUAACACCGCGAUCUACGGUGGUGCCCCUAAAGGUCCUCAAAUUCGUGAUCUCCAGCGGGGUGUUGAGGUCGUUAUUGCUACACCCGGCCGUCUUAUAGACAUGUUGGAGACAAACAAGACCAAUCUUCGUCGAGUUACGUACCUUGUGAUGGACGAAGCCGAUCGCAUGCUUGACAUGGGUUUUGAACCCCAAAUCCGCAAGAUUGUCGGGCAGAUUCGACCCGAUCGUCAAACGCUCAUGUUCAGUGCUACGUGGCCUAAGGAUGUACAGAAAUUGGCUAACGACUUUCUUCGAGACUUUAUUCAAUGUAACAUUGGUUCCAUGGAGCUCACUGCCAACCACAAUAUCACACAAAUUAUUGAAGUUUGCAGCGACUUUGAAAAGCGCAACAAGCUCAUCAACCACCUGGAGAAAAUAGCUUCUGAGGACGCGAAGGUUCUAAUAUUCGUUGCCACUAAGCGGGUAGCAGAUGAUAUAACCAAGUACCUCCGUCAAGAUGGUUGGCCUGCACUUGCCAUUCAUGGUGACAAAGAACAACGCGAGCGUGAUUGGGUUUUGAGCGAGUUUAAAGCUGGCCGGUCGCCUAUCCUCAUCGCCACAGACGUCGCGUCUCGUGGGCUUGAUGUGAAGGAUGUCAGAUACGUGAUUAACUAUGAUUUCCCAAACAACUGCGAGGACUACAUCCAUCGUAUCGGUCGAACUGGACGUGCUGGCUUGACGGGAACGUCGUAUACGUACUUUACUACAGAGAACGCCAAGUCCGCUCGUGAACUAGUAGGCAUUCUUCGAGAGGCGAAGGCAAAUGUACCUCCUCAACUUGAAGAAAUGAUCAUGAUUGGUGGAGGUGGCGGUGGCAGGAGCCGAUUCGGCGCUAGUCGCGGUCGUGGAGGCGGUCGUGGAGGUGGAGGUGGAGGUGGAGGUGGAGGCAAUCGUUAUGGUGGUGACAGUGGUUGGAGCGGACGCAGCGACCGCUGGUGA